AUGAGUCCUUUUUUCCAAACAGGUCAGUUCACCGUGAAUUUCAAAAUCAAAGUUGCCCAGAUUGGGGACGAUAAAAGCAGCAUUCUGCGGGUGGUUACUAAGAACGAUCUGGGCAAAAACGCGGAUAAUUGGACGUUGUUUUAUGUACUAUUUCCCGACGGCACCCUAGUUACCGAAUGGGGAUCCGGGGAGCAGUCAAUGCCAGCCCACUCACAGUCAGUGAUAAUCGAUAUGGCUGGCUGGACUACUGUGUUAACUACGGUCAAACUGAGGACAUUGGAACUGGCCACCAGUGUCCGUCCUGUUUACAAGAGUAUAUGGGAACGCGAACCGGUUACCGGGACGGGAUUACAACGAAACAGAAGAGAUUGGGACUCUUCUGCACACGAUAUACCGACGAAUUUGAUUAAGAAGGUAGAUGCCAUGAAUUUCAGAGGCAAUGCAUUCGUGCGAUACGAUUUCCGCAACAGAAUUAUAAAGGACAGUAAUACGGAGACCCUGACAAUCGACUUCGAAUUACCUCUCGGUGUUGAAGAGGGUUUACUUUGGUUCAGCGAGAACACGGCCACGAAGAGCUACGUGUACAUUAAGGCCUCUCGGCUCCACUACACGUACGUCGUGAUCGACCAGACUGGAAAAGCUAAACUUACUCUAACUGAGGAAAUUUUCCUCAAUACACCGUUGGCUGCCAACAUUCCACAUGCGCUAUCAAUCAUCCGGGACAAGGAGAAUCUCACGCUAACUCUGAACGAACGAAGCCACGCGAGCAAGGCUAUCGAUGGUCGGGUACCGCUGGUACCUAGCGAUGGAUACGCUACCCUGGGUGGAUCGCAGGACCCUCUUACGGACACGGAUGGCAAAGUUGACGGAACAUUCCGGGGGCGAAUCAUCAAGGCCGACGUUGCAAGGGAAGGUGACAAGCGAGUUGAUCUGCUACAGAUUGUCACAGAUCCGCACUGGCAAGAUUCCGUGGAGAAAACCGGCCAAGUGACGUACGAAUACCGAGAACCAAAAAUGCCGUUAGUCAUUGCUCCCACGGCAUCCAAGCCAUUCCGAACAAGUUGGGGCAAAGUGGGGACGCCCAUGGCACUUGCAUUGACACGUGAGCCAAUCCCGAUCACAUUCAUGGGUACCCAAAGCUCAGUGGUCAGGUUCGACACAUGGGACUUCACGGUCUAUCGAUCGUUCGAAAUGGAGUUUAUGACAUACGAACCAAGAGGGAUUCUAUUCUUUGUAGGUCCCGAUCGGGAGCACACUGACUUUGUGUGCGUUGAGCUGUACGAUGGCAACGUCUAUUUUGUCUACGCUGUGGGCGAUCACUACCGACACAUUCAACUCAAUCCGGAAGGCAUGAAGGUAAACAACGGAAUGUCCAAUCGUGUUUAUGUCUCCAGAAAUGAAAAGCACAGAUUUUUGAUCAAAUUUAACGAUCGAAUAGUUGACGUGGAUCAAGGCACUGCCGCCCAUCAGACGGAAUUCGCUACUUACACCUACAUCGGUAGUGUGGAUCAGCCAAGCCGACUGCCGUGGCACGUGUGGUCCCGCGAGAAUUUCGCUGGUUGCAUCUCUUCAAUUCGCAUCAAUGAUGACAAAUUCCUGGAUCCUUCUUCCCGAAUGAGUCAACACACUGAUGUGAGCCGCGGUAUUCAAUUUGGUGUAUGUCGAGUUCCGGACCGUCGAUGCACGCGCGAAACUUGCGGUGGUGGCCAAUGUGCGGAGCGCUCGUACCCGUUCUUCGAGCCGUUGAAUUAUGCAUGUGACUGUAGCGGCUCAGACAAGACUUUCCGUGAAGGCGUUACGGACAUCCGAAGAUCCGAAGCUUGCUUCCGGGACUCUCCGGUGCUGGACAUGGAUGGAGAAAUGGCUCUACUGAUCGACUUCGAGCGUGGGAGCAACACUCUGACUACUCAUACCGACGAUAUCAGUCUUCAGUUCCGAACUCAACAGAGCACCGUCCCCUUGUUCUAUGCUGUCUCACCGGCCGACAAGUCAUUUUUCAGAGUUGACUUGAUAGGUGGGCUCAUUCGCAUCCAAACGAAUAUCAACCAUCCAGACAACAGAGUAAAAACUGAGGAGUUUUUCUCAACCGGCACACAGUUAAACGAUAAUCAAUGGCACACACUACGUAUACUACGUCGGGCGGAACACUUGACCUUUUCAGUCGAUGGGAGGACGGAAAGCAUAGGAAAAAUUCCUCUACAAAGUCAACUGAAGACGUUCAAGCUGGUGGCGCAACAGAUUUAUCUUGGCAGCACAGGCCUGCCGAAUUAUGCUCGACCUUCGCCUCCCACAGCGGAUGUCAAGUCUCUGCCCCCUCCACCGAGGUUUAUUGGAGAAUUCCGCAACUUUUACUGGAACGAGUACGACUUCAUCGGGACCGGUUCUUUGCCAAACAAAUACACCACAGACAUGUUGACCCCACGUGCUGUAUUGCCUACGUUCCCUCAGUGGCCUCGAGAGCCAACCUAUUCCAUCACCUGCAAGCCGCAGUUGUCAUUCAGCCGGCUAGACCGACCAAUCAACGUGCAGGACGAUGGGGACAUGUGGCUUAUCGAGUUCAGAACCGAAUACGAUGGAGUAAUUUACGGUGCGAGAGAAUCCGGAGUUGCCGCUGCAGGGUCACAUAUCACGCUAGCUCUAUUGCGUGGUCGGUUACACGUUAUCUACUCCAUCAACGGUAGAUCAGGAGUGCACCAACUAACGAGCGGUCCUUCGGCGAACAAGCUGAACGACGGACAAUGGCAUCGCGUCGCAUUGGGUUUCGAUCGGCGUAAGAAGCAGUUGAUCACCUUUCUAGACUCGUACCCACCAGAGCACAUUGGCAGCGGCCUGGCAGUAAAUCGUAUCAAAACGUUGACUUUUCACUUUGGUGGCUUGCCGGAAGCCGAAUGGCAAUCAGUACUGGCGUUGGUGCGAAACUAUGCCCCCGCUUCAGUGCAAUCCACUGAGGCAGAACAAGGCAAACAACCGGCGUUCACCGGCUGUCUCGGAUCGUUCAGUCUGAGAGCGGAUGGGUUCACUGCAGACUUGCUGCGAAGGCACGAUUCGGAACUACGAGCCUAUCCACCAAACCAAAUUGUGCGCGGCUUCUGUCGAGAUCAAAGGAGGUGCACUCCCGACUACUGUCAUCGUGGCAGAUGUGAACAAGUUUCUGAGCGGGAAAUACGUUGCAUCUGCACUGGAACGGGUUACGAGGGACCACGUUGUGAAUCCCAAGUGAUAGAAUGUCCACCCAACUAUUGUAAUCAACGAGGACGGUGUUCCGUCGUCAACGGACAGCCCAAAUGUGACUGCAGCGGGACUGGCUAUUAUGGAGAUCGUUGCGAAUUGAGCCCAUGUAUUGCUGCCGGAGGCUAUUGUUUCAACGGUGGUGUAUGCACCAUGCUUGGCUCGAUGCCGACCUGCAACUGCGAGGGGACGGGAUAUCGUGGGGAGAAAUGUCAGGAACCCAUUUGCCCACCGAAUUACUGUCAAAACAAUGGACGCUGUCGUGUGGGUCCCAAUCAGCAGCCGGUGUGCGAUUGUUCGGGCACUGGACAUACAGGGCCUCGGUGUGAGAAACCUGCGUGCCGACCGGACAUGUGUAGUAACGGUGGUCGAUGUGUGCUGAAUGUGUACGGUGUGCCCGAAUGCAAUUGUGCCGGGACCGGAUUCAAAGGACCUGAGUGCCGCACACCCAUUUGUACGCCUGAUCACUGUGCCAAUCGGGGCAGAUGCGUUGUAGGCCCAAACGAUUUGCCUUUGUGCGAGUGUCGUGGAACUGGCUAUACAGGAGACCGCUGUCAAAUCCCCAUCUGUACCAUUAACUACUGUUCCCAUGGGGGUCGAUGCGUAGUGGGUCCCAAUGAUUUACCGCAGUGUGAAUGCCGCGGUACUGGCUACGGAGGUGAUCGAUGUCAAACACCCGUUUGCACUGAGGGGUAUUGCUCAAACGGAGGACGGUGCUUAAUGGGACCAAACGACUUGCCUCGUUGUGAGUGCCGUGGAACAGGUUACACCGGUGACCGUUGUCAAGUGCGCAUCUGUACGGACGGAUACUGUUCAAAUGGUGGACGCUGCGUUGUCGGACCAAACGACCAGCCAAUGUGUGACUGCGCAGGCACUGGAUACGGAGGAAAUAGGUGUACCGAGCCUGUUUGUGUGCCCGGCUUGUGUCAGAACGGGGGUCGCUGUCAUCUGGACUCAUCGGGAAAGCCGACAUGUUCUUGCGAAGGUACCGGGUUCACGGGAAGUCGAUGUCAAACACCUAUCUGCUCGCCUGGUUACUGCCUCAACAAUGGCCGCUGCUCAAUCGAUAUCAAUAAUGAACCUGUGUGCAACUGUGCAGGCACAGGACAUCGCGGAGGCCGCUGCGAAACACCGAUCUGCACACCAGGUCAUUGUCUACACGGCGGCUUGUGCCGCGUGAAUGAAGCGGGUCAACCUGUCUGUGACUGCUUGUUAACGAAUUAUCACGGCGAACGAUGUGAAACUCCUCUGUGUCCGCCAGCAUUUUGUGGUGGGCGUGGGCUGUGCGUGGUACGGCAACGGCAACCUACUUGUGAUUGUCAUUCUGGAUACAGCGGUCUGCGAUGCGAACUUGAAGUGUGUCCAGAAAACUACUGUAUCAAUGGAGGAUUCUGCACUCCCGGACCGGACAAACAACCCAUAUGUACUUGCCCGGUGAACUACGAGGGAGACCGAUGUCAUUUGCCUAAAGUUUGCCCAUCAGACUACUGUUUUCACGGUGGACGAUGCACAAUGGUCGGAGGCGUGCCACAGUGUGAUUGUUUGGGCACCGACUACACUGGUACGCGUUGCGAAAUAGCUCAAACUUGUCCGGUGGGCUUUUGUCAAAAUGGAGGACGGUGUGCAGUGAAGCAGGGCAAAUAUGUGUGUGAUUGUUCCGGAACAGGAUUUCGCGGGGUAAUUUGCAACGAGCCGAUCGCAUGCCCACCUAACUAUUGCCUGUACGGUGGGAUAUGCAGCGUGUUGGGCGAUAAACAAUAUGUGUGCGACUGUGCACGCACAGGCAGGACUGGAAAGCACUGUGAAGGAAGUUCUCAGGGUAUUUACGUUAAUUACGAGAAAGACGGAUACUUUGUCUACCCGCUCAUUCCUCCGGUUAGGACAGUGGAGGACAACGUCACCUUUGGGUUCAAAACCUACAUGCAGACUGGCACACUGUUAACUUUCAUGACCGCGGAUGGACGACAUUGGGCUAUCAGACUGUGUCACCACUAUCUUGGCUUCAAAGAAAGCCGUGGAUUCAUGCCUUACGAAUCUGGUAACGGGGCCUACGUCAUUUACACCAUCAAUCCACAAAGGCGCACAAACGUGGAUGAGAUGCGAGUCGCUUUUCAGACCUUUUCCAAAGAUGGACCAAUCGCAAGGGUUGUUCAGUCCGAUGGAAGCUUCUACGAUUUUGUUAUGGUUGACGGAAAAGUACAGAUCAGUUUCAAUGGACAACAGUACGCUCCAAUCGGUCCAACUGCUCAAUACUACCACGAUGGACGAAUGCAUGUGGUGAGCGUGAAACGAAACAACCGAACUUUCAAUAUCACCCUAGACGGAUACAGAACUAUUCAUGAGCCACCAGGUUUUGUCGGUGUUGACGGCUCUCUGAUUACUCGCGAGGUUGUUCUUGGCGCCGAUCGUCAGUUCAAAAAGACGUUUGACGGAGUCAUCGGGGCAUUCUAUUGGAACGGUCAGUAUCUUAUCAACGAGCGUGGUUCUUUCGUCUCGGAUGCGACGGUGAUGACGGGUCCCGGAAGAGUGCCUGCCAAGAGCAUGGACGAAGUGGUGGUGGUACUUAUGCCCCAUUUACUACGCCCCACGACGCCACAUCAGCCACGUCCUCCACAACCCCUCCCAGACGGUCUGCCUGAAGGCUCCAUUGCUGGUGGCGUUGUGAUGCCUGGUUUGGGAACCGGAAAUGUCAACUUGGGUGCCCCUAUCUUCGUACCGGGUAAAGGAUACGGCGGAGGUGCAGCCGGAAUGAACGCAGGUACUGGACUGAUGCUGAAACAAGCCGGUGGUGUGUUCGGAAUGGGUGGGUUGGUCGAUGCGCUAUUGGCCGGUCUAUUACUGGCCCUUCUCCUCCUAAUCUCCGCUCUCAUCUGGGCGUGUUGGCGGUGCAAACCUGGAUGCUGCGGAUUCUGUUACGGAAAAUCCACCGUUGCCGGCCGCAAAGGUGCCACUAGUUCUGCUUGGGACCGUCUGGUGGGUCUGUGCUGCGCGGCACCCACGGUAAAGAGUAAAGAACGAGAAACGCUAAUAAACGGAACCGAUAUACAAGAUCACUCCGUGAUACCUCCAUACAUCUCAGGACCACCGCUGGAUCUCAGUCCCGGCUUCCCAAGUCCGACCACUGCGACCAUCCCCAUUGAACACCCUAUACCAAUUCCGGAUCAAAAUAUCUACAACCUGGAGGGUAUGAAGGUUGAUUCCAUUCUCAUCACAAAGAACAGCAAAUAUUUCGUAACAGGUUCAGGCAUGGGACCGCCAAAAGUGUGGGAUUCGACGUCUGGAGAAGUUUUCAAACUUAUGGAAGGUAACGAAUUGGCAUGCACCGAUCUAAAUUUGGCCUGUGACGACACAGUGCUCGUCUCACAAGUUGUCGACGAUCUGAGUGGCCAUUUGGAUACCCUAACUGACAUGAACGCCAUUCGCGUUAAGCGUCUACAACUCUGGGACUUUGCAAGUGGGGGGCAACUAGAAAUGCCCGUUGAGAUUAUGUGCACGGCUACGUGUCUCACUCGGAAGAGCGAACAUGUCAUCGUGGCCCGCUCAAGUGCCAGUGGGCCAUCCAUCCUGGCAUGGAACUUGCCAGCCAAUCAGUCGGAUACGGAGAUUUUCUACGAACCGAUUAGCCCUGCACUGCGUGACUCAGUGACUUACUUGAAUAUCUCCCACGACGAUCGUCUGGUGGUGGCCGGCUGCAAGAAUGAAGAACAAGCAUGCUACAUGGUAUUUGAUCUGGCCGCGCACUAUACGGUACCCGCCCAGCCACGUAUUGUCGUUUUUGAUGCAGAAGUGAAUGCGACAGAGAUCAUUGGACCGGACACCGCAGUGACAGGAACGCGUAAAGGAGAAUUGCUUGUGUGGAAUCUGCACACCGGUGAAGUGAUUCGCCAGAUACAAAUCACAGCCACCUUAGAAGCUGGCACUUUGACGACGUUCUCGCCUCAUUCCGAGACAAUACACUGUAUUCAAUUGUCGGAAGACAGACAAUAUCUGGUGACUGGAUCACAAGACCAGCUGGUACGCGUAUGGAGUAUGCCUGAUGAGCGCCUUCUCCACACACUGGAAGGUCAUGCAGAUGAUGUACUCAGUGUGGCCAUUUCACGAGACAGCGAACUUGUUGUAUCUGGUAGCUGGGAUGGAUCGAUUCGUGUCUGGCGUCUACGUGACGGGAACCAAAUCUGCUGGUUCUCUUCCAACAUUGAAAUACUCCAAGUUAAGAUCAGCAAUGACAAACGAUCACUGGUCGCGUUGGGCGAGAGAAAUGAUCACCGAAAACUGAUUACUCUGCGCGUUGUACGCAACCGUGUCCGAACGACCACAAGUGUACGCCCAGCCGGAUCGCGCCUGAACUCUUCGCUCUCCCCACCCACAAUGUCCCCCAAUUCGCCUGCAGCGAUGGUUUAG